GUUUUAAAAAGAGACUUAAAAUGAGACAGUGAGGAAAUUUCAAACUGUCAAUCUGUAAAAGCAACUGAUUUAAAAUAAAUGUAGAAAAAUAAACAAGUUAGUGACAUAAAUGUAUGUAUUGCAUAUUUUUGUUUGGUCGUGUUUAACGUUAUGUGUACUAAUCCUUUUAUUCGCGACCACGUGACCAACCCAAUGGGUUUUUUGGGGUUGCCGUGCACGCGCUCCAUCUUCCCCCUUGAGAAUCGUUGGAGAGAGAGCGGGAGCGCGCGUCAGAAUUCAACAGCUGCACAGUGAGGACUCGCCAAGUAGAACAAAUAUGAUUUCAAACAAUUGAAUAGGUUCCUAAUAAUCCGGACAGUGUGUACAGUGCACCACCUUAAGAGGACAAUGCCGACUCAUUCGUUGCAACCGUUUGUGGAAAGCCCUGAUGGACUUGCCCAAGAUAUCCUUAUUAGUAACAAUGCAAGCAUCCCAGGGCCUGUCUCUAGCAUGACGCCACACACCACCUACUCAGAAAAAGCUGUGUCGCAAUCUGGAGGAAGUGUAUCUUGCAUGUUCUGUGAUCAGGCUUUCACUCAUCAGGAUGAGCUAGGACCCCAUGUAUUAACCCAGCACCCCACCACUUUCUUUGAACCAGCAGUGCUUAGAAUUGAAGCAGAGUUCAGGAUCCCAGGAGAGAGACCCAGGCCCAAACCAGGCAGCCUACCUAUUGAGGAAGAAGAGGAGGUUCACAGCUGUAUUGUGUGUGGUCAGGUGUCACAAGAUGCUAGUGAGCUGGAGGCACACAUGAGGAAGCAUAAGGACUACUUUACCUACUGCUGUAAUGUCUGUGGACGGCGGUUUAGAGAGCCAUGGUUCCUCAAGAACCACAUGAAGAUGCAUGUAAAACCAGGAGCAAAGAGCAAGACCCAGCAAGACCUUGAAAUCCCCAUCACAGUCAAUGGUAUCGUCCAAGAGUCUGUUCCUGAACCUGUAGUCACUGUUUACAAAAUGUGCAUGGUUUGUGGCUUUUUCUUCCCCGACCACGACAGUUUGGCUGAACACAGCAAAGUACACAACAGAGAGGUGGAGCCUGACAAAGGUAAAGACGAGGAGAAAAUGGAUGGCACUACUGAAUCCCUUGACAAACAGGAAACAUUUCUUCACAGUCUAAACCUUAUGCCUCGCUCUUCAGGAAAUAGUUUGCAGCAUGAAAGAUCAUCAAAAUGGAUUCCCCAGCUGGAUCCCUUCAACACAUACCAGGCCUGGCAACUUGCUACAAAGGGCAAGAUAGCAGUCGGUCCUAAUAAUAUUAAAGAUAUUGGCCAGGAAGCCAGCACAGACAACGAAGAAUGUGGCUCCGAUAAGGAGGAGCUGAAUAAUAUUUGGUCUGAAGGCCAAGGAGACAAAGCUACAAAAGAGGUCCUUGGGAGAGAGCUCAGGUCUCAGCAGCAGGCUGCAGCGCCGCAGCGGAGGUCUCUGAUGCAAAAAGAUAAGCACAAAGAAAGGCCAACCACUUGUGAGGAAUGUCAGAGAACCUUCAGGACAUACCAUCAGUUAGUUCUCCAUUCCAGAGUCCACAAGCGCGAGAGAGGUGGUGAAGAGAGUCCAACUUCCUCUGUUGAUGGGAAGUCGAGGACAGGUUCAGUUGAUCCUGCAGAUGAUGGCUGUGAGGAGGGCUUUGAGGAAGCAGCACUGGCAGAAAACCUGGGUCCAGGUGAAGAGGCUUUUGAUCGAUCAAAAGUCAGAUCAAAAGGAUGCAGUUACUGUGGCAAAUCAUUCCGAUCAAGCUAUUACCUCACAGUUCAUCUGAGGACUCACACAGGUGAAAAACCAUUCAAGUGUGCUUACUGUGAUUAUGCUGCAGCUCAGAAGACUUCACUAAAAUAUCACCUGGAUCGACGUCACAAGGACAAACCUUACGUGGACAUCCCUAGCAGACCCGUGCCUUUUGUGCCCUCUCCCAACGAUAAAAAAGAUGGAAAUGACAAUGAAAACACUGCUUUGAACAAAUCCAAACUCUGGGUUCCUGGAGCCAGAUUGUGCACCAAUGGAACGCCAGAGGACAGAUUUGAUAGCAUAGGUAGCAAGCUUGGCAAACCACUCGCCCAGAUCAAUGCUGAGUAUGAAAAAUUAAUUGCUAAGUCUGCUUACUCCCCGACUGAUGAUGUGGUCAUAAAAUGCCCCGUACCUGUUAACCUGAAGAUGGAAAGGAAGGAGAUAAAAGACGAGAACUCUGAGGCCCCAUUAAAUCUCUCCUUAAAAGUGUCUAUCUCCAUCCCUGCCAGUGCCGAACCCAGAAAUGCAUUAAUUCCGAUUGCCUGUUCGUUUUGUGCAUAUAAAACCAUGUACCCAGAGGUUCUGAUGAUGCACAAAAAGCUCACUCAUAAAGACAAGUCAGACAGCACAAAAAAGAAUGGAUUCGGCAGUGGGAAACAAAAACGUUUCACAGGUUGCCCCCCUGCGCUUGAUGGGAAAGAUGUCGCGCCCCUUCCUACGAUUGACCGGCGCCACCCUCGUCGAACCAAGUCCCCACCCCCUCAACCAACAAAACCACAAGAAAAGACCCCUAUUAACCCACCUCCCGCUCCCAAGCGAUCCCCUGUCCAUGAUGUCGUCCAGGAGACGCAGCGUCACACACAAAAUAUUGACACACAUCCCAGUCAGGAAUCUUCCAGGUAUACAGAGCUCAUGAGGAAAUCCAACACAGGCAGCUUGUAUGCCAUGGAGCGACCACCCCCCCCGGAGAGAGUGGGAAUUGGUGAGAGGAGUUACCCAGCGAGAAACGGUGUCAUUUGGCACUCUGAUGCUGCCAGGCUGUGCCUGUCGAGCCGAUUUGGGAGCCUCCCCCAGAUGGAUUUCGGUGAACCCUCCAGCAAGAGAUUAAAGUAUGGGGUACCAACGGGCAGGGAAGCUGAUGUCGGCGAGAAGCCUGGCUUUAGAGUACCAACAGGGAACGUGUCCAACAGGGUGCUUGUUUCAGGGAGAAGUGUGAAUAGCACAUCACAGAUAUCUAGUCCAUCCACAGUUUCUGAGAGUUUGGGUUCUUUGAAGACGACAUCUUCAGCUAUUGGAGGAGGCUUGGACACUGAGUGGGGCAUGAUGAACCUCCUGCGCUCCUACACACCCAAUGACCUGGCAUCGCUCUAUCACAGCACAGCAGCCAACCCCAGCCAUGGAGGACUGGGCAACCCAAGAGCAGGGGGCAGAACUGUGCUGUACCAACACUUACCUACUCUGCCCAACCUUCAGAGGAGAGACCCCUCAGGCCCUUUCCCUAAUCAACGCUAUGGGACCACUGACAAAAGUACCUAAAGUGGCACUGAGGUAAAAGGUUGGAAGAUAUUUUUGAAGUACAUACAAUAAGAACUUCCUUUUUUUCUGAGUUUCAAACCCUGACCAGAAUAAUUUACCUGGUACUUGAUAUAAAUGAAUCAAGUCAUAUUUGAAAAUAUAAAGUAUAUUUUUUCUUCUCUCCAGAUUUGAACUGUACUGCUCCCUUAUUUUGAUGAACUUCUUCAAAAAAAUUGUGUCUAGGCUUCCCUAAUUUCAUAUUUUUUUCAAUAGAUGAAAAUUGUGUUGCAUAGACAUUUCCUGGCUGAGGCCUUUAGUAUACAUUUGUUUUUUCAUGAAAAAGUGCAGAUCAUAUCAAUUUGAAGGUGCUAUUCCACCUGGGUGCACUGUGGUAUUUGUUUCCAUUCAAAACCGUCGCUUAAUGUAUAUUUGACCCAAACUUAUGUUCAGAUAUCUGUAAGUGUCUAUGACAUAACAGUAAACUUUGUAUGUGGGAUAACAUAAAUAUAUCUGUAAGCUUUCAGUACAUAAAAUGAUAUAAAGUAAAAACCAGAAAGUAAUUUGUGUGGAAAAUUGCUGCUCUGUUCACUUCCUGUUUAUGUCCAGGCGGUAAUUAAGCACUGUUCUAUUUUUUUUUUCUCUUUCCAAGGCACUGAAGGGUGGGGCUUUUCUGUUUUAUAACUUGACGGCUUCGGCCCAGUGGUUUACAAACAGGCCACUGUUACUAGUCCUGUGUAUGUUGAAGUGGUCUACCUCAUGUUGUGCUCUCGACACUGUUAUUUUUGUAAAGCUGCUGUAGCUAUCAUGUCAGCAGAGCCUCUGUACCGAGCUGCAUAUCGACCAGAGACAGAUGUUUUGAGUUGUAGUAUAACUAGAUGGACAUGUGUUUUCCAGACGUCACAGUGUUUGUCAGGCACCACAUAAAACACAAACUCAUCUCAUGGUGAUACAGAGCAGCUACUGCUGAGGCUAUAUCGACCUGUGGCACAUGAUUAACUGUAACACAAUGUGGCUUGUGGAGUUCUUUAAUAUACUUGGUAUUUACAGGCCCAGUUUUAAACACAGAACAGAUUUCUUGGUUAUUAUUUGUCAAAUGGCUAUUAUCUACUUGAGUGGUGCCUCAAAUCAAUAACCUGUGAGAUGGAUCAAAUUUCACGAGUUCUGUAUGAGUUUCAAAUGGUCAUGCUGUAUAAUUUGGACUGCACAUUUAUUCACUAUUGAGGCUAUGCAGAGUCUUCAAAAGUGUUAUUUUGUUUCAAGUGGCAGCAGUCAGUCCCAGCUGGUCAACGAGUGAUUUUUUUAAGAUCUUGUAUGACUGUGAUGUUUUGAAAAAAAAAAUACAGAAGCAGCUAUGUUAAUUAAUGGCAUGGUUAAUUACACACUGUGAACAAAAAGUCUCAGGUUACGAGCUAUUAGUCUGUAGUCUAUUUUGUAAUUUAGUAUUUUUGCCACUUUGAAGGGCUUGGGUUAAGUUAUUCCUUUUUUUGUUUGGUAUUCACAUUACUUGUAUACUUGUAUACUUCAUGUAAAAAUGAAAAUAUUGUUUGAGAUUUGUAUGACACAUUUCAAUAAUAAA